UGUUGUGUAUGUGGCUUUGUGCUGGAAAUGAUGACGUACCGUGACGUCAUUCGGUGCUGAUCGGACCGUUCACACACCUUCGUCAGGCAGCAGCCAGCUGCAGUCGCGUGCUGGGGUAAGCCCGAAGUUGAUGGGCUCAGAGCUUCUCGUUCGUCUGUGGUGUGUGGUUAUGUCACUCGACAGGCGGGAACAUUGCUACGAAGAACCACAGUCAACAGUUAUCCUAGCAGACGUUCGUCUGUAAGCAGCUGUUUUUUCGUACUGUAUCCCAGAAUAUGAAACUCCGAGACGCUCCUCACACAAAUUGUAAUGUGACCAUUCCCGGAAGACGCUGACUGGCUGGCUGGGCAAUUUAGCAUCGGGGAGCAGUGACCACUGUCACUUAUUCCAAAUCCAGUAUUGCAAGUUCAGUGACCUUCACCUCACUUGGAUACAACUUCCUCCGUCGUAUUGUCUUAACUAUUGUUCGCUGAUUACUUCGUCACCAAACAGGAUACGACGUGUGAACAGCUUCGUUCACGCUGCAACAAUAAAUGUGCAUUACCGGAAGUGAAAAUUCUGGUACAUCUGACGCCGCGAGAAAGGUCUUAAUGGUUGAUUCAUGAACGUUUCUUGUGAUGUCAAAAAAAGUUAUUCAUUCCACAUAUCCCUACGCAUGUCUGUUGUUCUGGAUUAAUUUACAGCGCGAUUCCUUGAAAUGUGAACUGUUGUUUUCGAAGAAAAGAAGAUAAGCAAAGAAUCGAAAAGAAGCGAACAACCAAGGCGAAUUAAACGAAAGUUUUUAAAAGCACGAUUCUUUAAACGUUGAAUGUGUUGUUAUUGAAGAAAAUAAGACAUGCAAGAUAUUCAAAUUAAACGUCAUCCAGGCGAAUUAUACGAAAAGUUAUUAUCAAAUACAAGACAGAAACAAAAUUUAUAUGUAAUCACAUUAAUGAACGUUAUUUGCUUUUGGUAUGGGAUGGGUGAUUAAUUAAACACUUAUUAUUCAAAUACAGGAGCAUAAAAGUGUUGGGUUUCGUCUAUAAGAACAAUAUUUGAAAUAAAAAGUUGACUUGCUACAUUACAAGUGAAAUGAAGUGGGUUAUUAGGGUGAUGUUUGGUUUUGGAAGACGGUAAGAAGGACAAAACAUUUCCAAUAAAACGGCUGAGGACGAGAAUAUUUGUGAUGUCUGGUGUCAUGGUUACGGACGCUGGCGCCAAUUCCUCUUACGUGUACGGUAAUGACACGACAGGCGGCUGGGGCCUUCGCUCCUUUUUCACGUUUUACAGCCAGUUCGGUGCCGGAAGGACGGUGGCUGCCGGCGUGGAGAUAGGCUUCCUGUUGCUCACGUUCCUGGUGUCCUUAGUGGCUAAUGCCAGCAUCGCGUUGGCUGUGUUGCGCUACAGGGAGAUGAGGACGGUCACCAACUGCUUCCUGUUGAACCUCGCCGCUGCUGACCUCGUGUUCGCGUUGGGUAUUCCCGCAGUGGUUGCCACCAGACUGACACAGGAAUGGGUGCUGGGAGACACCGCCUGUAGGAUCUUGCCCUAUUCGCAGUUCGUGUGUGGCUUCGUGCUGCUGUGGACGCUCACUCUGAUCAGUAUGGACCGCCACCGGUGCAUCGUGGUGCCGCCGUACCGCUCCAGGCUCACCCCACAGCUCGCCACUCUUCUCACCGCUGUCACGUGGCUCAUCGCAGCAAUUCUCUUCCUCCCUGUCGCUUUCUGGUUCCACGAGCAGCCCACCAACGCAGGCACCAUCUGCACCCUCGUGUUCCCAAUGUCACACACUGUGAACUUUUCCAUCUGCUUCACUGUGCCCGUCAUUCUCCUUGCCUGCCUGCUUCCCAUGGCCCUCCUCGUCUAUCACUACCAAAGAAUUUUCCAGAAACUCUUGUCGACGAGGAGCCGCUGGGCUGUACCUUGCGUUGUCAUCAACCCGGUGAGCACUGAUUGUUCGGGUGCAGACACGCCGACUGUGAGACGUGACAGUGAACUAAGUUUUGUUGGCAGCCUGGUGAUGCCAUGGACCAGGAAGAUCUCGACGACAAGCCAGCAAUUCAUGUCGCCGGGCCGGAAUGGCUCGAUGUCACAACACGAGGAGCUCCGUCUCAAUAAGCACCUCAGGGUAGUCAGGGUGCUGCUACUUAACGUAAUCGUCGUCCUCCUCAUGUGGCUCCCCAUCACCGUCGUCAUGUUCCUCAUCUAUGUCGAUGGUCGCCGGCCAUACGAGGACACCAACUUUUUCCUCAGGUCACACCACUUCAUUUGGUCCCUAGUCGUUGCAUUGUUAAACACUGUUGUGAACCCACUUCUUUAUGGGGUUCUGUCGGAAAAUUUCCGCAAGUGUUUCACUCGCCUUUGGUUCGGUGGACGAGGUAGUUCCGACAACAACGGCUGCAGAAGAAACGAUCUCAGUAAGUCUAACCAGGACGCUUUGAAUGAAUAUGGUGUUAACGGUACGUCCAGGACCCCAAGCAGCGGGCGAGUCAACGGGUACCCUCAAGGGAUACCCCCGAAACCCCAAAAGAAAAUUAGUAUGUGUAGCAUUGGCUCUGUACUGGAAACGCCCAGUGGUGUUCAGGAAGUCUGAUACUACAGACCUAAACGUAAAGACAAUUCUCGCACACAAAAUACGGACACCGAAACUAAUGCCAAAUUUUCCAGUAUUUCCAAAACGUAAAUUUGGAUUGUGGAAUGUUGGUUUACAUGGUGAUCAACACGGAAAUUAUAAUUGGUUUAUAAAUACCAAACGAAACAAGGGUAUCACGGACUGAUAAUCCGAACGGUGUUUACUAUCACCACCAUUCUCAUCCUUAGCCACUCAACCUAUAUCUGUUUAUAAUAGUCAUAAAUAAUUUUCCAUUUAUUGUCAUAAGUGUACGCCACAUCGCUCAGGGGUUUUCUUGUCUGCUGCUGAAUGCUCCCCUUCGACUACCGUGCAGCCGAAGUAAAAUGAAUCACCAAGAUCGUGAGGAUUCACUCUAGUUCACUGGCACACCAAGUGCUUACAUUUGAUUGAGUGCCAUAACUUACUUUUCUAUUACUGGCUGGAUUCAUCUGGCUCAGGAUAUGAUUUACUGGCGGACUCUUCUGAACGUGACAGUCGAUCUUCGAGUUCCACAAAAGACGGAUAAUAUCUUGACUAAUUGAGCGACUGCUAGCUUCUCAAGAAGGACUCUGUUCAGUGUAGUUGUAGAGUUGAAAAAAUCCCUUAAACCAAAUUUAAUACAAAUCUAUGUGUUCUAUGGUUUCCAACAUGAAAAUCCAAAACGACGUGGUCUCCUUCCAGCCUCUUAGCAUACAACUUUAUCUUAUCUACUAAAAUACGAAUAUAAAUUUUGAUCUAAAAUAAUUCAAAAUUUGUCUCGAAUCUACCACAACUGCAUAUAUUGUCCAAUAACUAAAUUAUUUAGCCUUUCGUCCGGUAACUUUUUAAAUAAGUACAAGUAGCUAAUGCUGCAAGAGUGAGCUAAUGGGCGUCCGAAAACCAGUAAUGUAUGCUAAUGGGUCGAAUUAUGUGUAUUUGUAGGUCAAAGUGAAACAUGUAAGUCUAUGUACCUCUUCAGACUCUGUAUAACGUACGCAAGACUCUUUGCACCUACAUUAUCAUUGUUUAAAAGAAAAUUUAUCUUUAUUCGUAUGUUACUCAGAGUAUGAAAUAUCUCGUUAUCUGCACAUGUGUGUAUAUGUAGAUGUUUAAGUAAAUUGGUAUUGUUAAACAUUGAUAUAAAAUUAAUCCAUUGUUUCUGCCCCUCGUAACACCCAACUUGUAGUCUUUUUUUAGUCUCUUAAAUUUUCUUAUUCCCAUUAGCCAUACUGAAUAUGACCCAAGGCCCGUUACACUGACAAUCUUCUGGUGUAAAUUGUACCCUAGGACAAAGAAUAAUGUCUACAUUAUACGUGACUCACUUUUCUGAACGUGACAUAAUCCUCAAAACUUUCGCAACGUCGCCAUAUCUUUGCCUCACUAGCGUCAACGUCAGCGUAUAUCGGUGUCACUUCUCACACCUACCUCAGAGUUCUUGUUAUCAAAAUGUACAGAAGUGUUAGUAAUUUGCGUUCAUUUUUAAUAUCACUAGGAUAAUGUUCGAAACUGAUUAAUUAAGUUUAAUUGUAGUUUGUAGCCCCAUAAAUAAUCAUCAAACAGACUAUUACAUAUCAAUAUUCAUUUAAUGCAUUCUAUUGUGAUUGUUAGCAGGUUAUACAGAAGAAAGAAGUUCAGUCUAACACAAUAUAUUUUAUUUGCAAUCAAUUAUUUUACUAGGACGACAUAUUUCGACUCCACAGGGUCAUCCUAAGGCCCUUAAGAGAAAUAUGUAGCCGUAAUAAUAUUUUGGUUUUGAAUUAAAUAUACUAUGUAAGACGGAACCUUAACUUUCUUCAUAUGUAACUUUCAUUACAGUCUAUGGAUGUUUUCAAAUCUAAGUUUAAAUUUACGUGCAUCAAUGUGCAUGCAAAUAAAAGGUGCAUUUAUUUUGCAAACACAGAUAUCCCCACUAAGAAUAUGUAACAGGUAUAUCAACCAAACGUUUGUAUUUCUCAAAAUAUUCCAGCCAUAACUUCGUCAUACGGUCGAUAAUUCUGAUAUGGGGGUACGUUCUGUCUGUAGGGGUUUCUGGUUGUCUGCGUAAAACUCUAAACCAACAAAACCCACUUGUAACGAAUUAUGAGCGGAGCCAGACAUUUAAAACAAAAAAUGUGUACAAAAUAAUAUGCAGAUCACAAGGAAAUUUGUAUGCACUAUUUAGAUGUGGCAAUUCAUUUGGACUGGCGCAUUUGCACACAAUACAUUCGAUAUGAGAUCGGUUACGAGGUUGCAGGGAACACGAAGUGCUUUUAGUAACACGGUUAAAAUGAAGAUAGAAUAAUGGGUUUGUAUUUAAACAUAGAUUUGGAAGAUUUUCUCUGGUUUGAAUAUUUCGGUCAUUCCAGUAUUUGAUAAAUAUGUAGAAUGGAGGAAAUACCAAAGAAUGCUAUUAAAGAGGCAAUGAAAAUUCUGUUUUCUAUGUAAAUUAUUAUCUUAUAGUUCCAAACAUGUAAAUUGCGAUAAUAAAAUAUAUUUAUAAUGAAAUUUCAAA